AUGUUUUCUUUCUUACUGAAUUCUCCUCUUUUCUACUAUUCAUGCAUCGUUUUAAUAAUUCUCAUCAGUUUCAAAUGGAUUUAUACUCUUUCCAAGACCAAAAGAAAUUUACCACCAUCUCCACCAAGGCUUCCGAUCAUCGGAAACCUCCACCAACUAGGGUUGAGCCCCCACCGCUCACUUGAUUCCCUGUCCAAAAAACAUGGUCCACUCAUGUUGAUACACCUUGGCAACGUGCCCAUGCUUGUUGCCUCCUCACCUGAAGCAGCCAAAGAGAUCUUGAAAACCCAUGAUUUGAAAUUCGCAAGCCGACCCAAGUUAAGAAUCCCCGACAUACUUUUGUAUGGCUCCAACGACAUAACGUUUUCUCCUUAUGGAGAGUAUUGGAGGCAACUGAAGAGCAUCGCUGUAGUCCAUCUUCUAAAUAAUACACGAGUUCAAUCAUUUCAACAAGUCAGGGAAAAAGAGGUGGCUCUUAUGAUUGACAAGAUCGAAAACAGUUGUGGUUCUUUAGUUGAUCUUAAUGAGCUGUUUUUUUGGCUUACGAAUAACAUUGUCUGCAUGGCGAGUCUAGGGAGGAAAUAUGGUGGGUCAACGUUUGCAGAUAUAAUGGACAGGUUUGUGCAUCUGCUCAGUGGUUUCGAUGUUGGUGAUUAUAUUCCAUGGUUGGCUUGGAUAGAUCGAUUGAGUGGUUUAGAGGAGAAAGCACAUAGAGUUGCUAAAGAAUUUGAUGACUUUCUUGAAUGUGUUGUUGAAGAACAUGUAGAUAAGAGAAAAGAAAUGGAUGCUCAACGUCGUGAAGAUCAAGAUCUAGUUGACACCUUAUUGGAUGUACAAAGAGAUAACGCAACUGGCUUUACCUUUCAUAGAGAUGUCAUCAAAGCCCUCAUUUUGGAUGUAUUUACUGCUGAACAGAUACUACAUAUGCAAGUUUGGUAUGGUCAAUCAGCGAGCUAA